AUGGAAAGUUCAACGUCCUCUUCUUCGGUACUUGAUAUCGACAAAAACAAAAUCACAGGCACAGAAAACCACCUUUUCAAUGAGAAGAGAGAUAAACCAAUAGGACAAUUGAACGAAGCCCGGCUUGACACACUUGGAUCUGGGCCUUCGUGUUCUUCAAAUGUCGUUAAUGAAGAUGUUAUCGAAGACCACGGCCAGGGAACCGACGCGCCUAUGUCAGAAGAAAUUUCCAGAUUCCGUUGGGUCCUCGUGUGCAUAGCACUUUACCUAUCGACUUUCAUGUACGGCUUGGAUACCACCAUUGCAGCGGACGUCCAGAGCGCCGUCGUUGAAACAUUUGGUGCCGUUGAAAAACUGGCAUGGCUAGGAGCAGGCUUUCCUCUAGGCUCAAUCGCUGUUGGUUUACCUUAUGGGUCAGUCUUCACACACUUCAACAUGAAAUGGGCUUAUAUAGGCGGCAUAGUCCUGUUUGAAGUUGGCUCGGCAUUGUGUGGAGGUGCGCCGAACAUGGACGCUUUGAUUGUUGGCAGAGUCAUUGCGGGAAUGGGAGGCUCGGGUAUGUACCUUGGCGGUUUGACACACUUUUCGGCAUUGACACCCCCCCGGACGCGGGGAACCUACAUCACAGGAAUUGUCUUUGUUUGGGGUAUCGGCAGCGUUUUGGGUCCGGUGGUCGGUGGUGCCUUUAGUGACUCGUCGGCCACAUGGCGUUGGGCGUUUUACCUCAACUUGGUCAUCGGCGGAGCAACGGCUCCCAUCUACCUGUUUUAUCUACCCGCAGUCACACCUCCGGGUGUUGCAGCGGCCGAGGCCAAUGGCACUUUACCACCAGUUCGAGUUCGCCUUGCUCGACUCGACUAUGUUGGUUUUGUUCUGAGUGCUGCUGCUUGGGUGACCCUGACUCUUGCACUUCUCCUUGCCGGCACCCAGUGGUCAUGGUCUGAUGGUCGAACCAUAGCGACGUUGACAAGUUUUGGUAUUCUUUUUGUUGGAUAUGUUCUUCAGCAGUACUUUUGCCUUUUUACCACAACGGCAACGCGCUCUUUCCCGGGCCAUCUCAUCGCCCCGACGGCCAAGGGUGCUCGCACGCAGAUCCUUCUAUACAUUUCAACAUCGGCAUCUAUCACGACCAUGUUCAUCCCGACGUAUUAUAUUCCAGUUUAUUUCCAGUUUGUUCAGAACGACUCGGCUUUGAUUGCUGCCGUCCGUCUCCUUCCUUUUGUCCUCGUUGCAAUCACCACCAAUCUCGCCAGCAGCUUUGUCUUUAGAGCUGUGAGGCACUACAUGCCCGUUUACCUUUUCUCCGGUGUCCUGAUCACCAUUUCAAGUGCUCUCCUGUACAGGUAUCUCACCCCCGAUACUUCGACAACCACUAUAUAUGGAUUAACUGUCCUUGGUGCUGUCGGGACAGGGCUCCUUGUGCAGGCCGGUUUUCAGGUUGGUACUCUUGUUGUCGAGGAUCCUGCAGACAUGGGGCAUGUCAUCAGCAUGCAAAAUGUUAGCCAGAUUGGUGGCCAGGUGCUAUGUCUGGUCAUUGCCGGUCAAAUUUUCCAGAGUGUCGCCAUAAACAACUUGCGUGCUGUUCUUGCCGGGCAUGGGUAUACGGACGCUGAUUUGCAAAGCGCCGUUGCUGGAUCGCGCAGUACUCUGUUCGAAAGCCUUGAGGGUGAUCUUCGAGUAAAGGCCAUUCGAGCCAUUACAGAGGCGAUACAAGCUACAUACGUUCCUGUCAUUGCUGCCGGUGCUCUUCUUGUCGUUGUCUCAUUAUGCAUGCGACGGGAUAAGCUUGUGUUUCACAAUCCGGUUGCUGUAUAA